AUGGACAAAGUAUAUUUCUUUGUAAACGGUCACCGUUAUACUGUAUCUGAAUCAGAAGUUGGUCCGUCCACAUCAUUAAAUGAUUACCUCCGCGACUGUCUUGGUCUAUACGGCACUAAGUCGAUGUGCCACGAAGGUGGUUGUGGAGCGUGCGUGGUCUCCGUGAGCCAGUUGAAUCCUGUGUCGAAGGAGAAGCAGGUGUUUUCAGUUAACUCUUGUUUGGUCCACAUUCUGUCCUGUCAUCAAUGGGAAAUAACCACGAUAGAGGGCCUGGGCAACCGCAAAGAUGGUUACAAUCCGCUGCAAACUCGACUAGCCAUGUUCCACGGCACGCAAUGCGGCUACUGUACACCUGGGUGGAUAAUGAGUAUGCACAGUUUAUACAAAGGCGCACAGAAGAAAUUAACAACACAAGAGAUAGAGAAGUCAUUUGGUAGCAACAUAUGCCGCUGUACCGGGUACCGACCCAUCCUGGACACGUUUAAAAGUUUUGCCACUGAUACAGAGGUUCAAAUUCCAAGUGACAUAAAGGACUUGGAAGAUCUACACGAAAUAAAAUGUAUCAACAAAACUCUUGAUAAAUGCAAUGUCGAUGAUGAAUGGUGUGUAAUAGAAAAUUCAAAGGAGUCAAUGUUUCAAAUUGAUUUGAACGUAUAUCGCUGGUAUAAGGCGUUUACUGUAGAGGAGGUUUUCAAGGUACUCUCAAAAGAAGGCACGAACAGUUACCGGCUCGUUGCAGGCAAUACCGGGAAAGGCGUUUACCCAUUAACCGAGGAACCAAAGGCUUACAUAGACAUAUCGUCAAUAGAGGCUCUACGGGACGUGACAAGAGCCGCUAACCUGAUAUUAGGAGCAGGGAUGUGUCUGACCGACAUGAUGAGGCAGUUCAAAGUCCACGCCAGGCUUAACGAUGACUUUCAAUACUUGGAGCUGUUCUACAAGCACAUGGAAUUGGUUGCACAUGUUCCCGUGCGAAAUAUCGGCACUAUAGGAGGUAACCUGGCUAUGAAAAAUGCACAUCACGAAUUCCCUUCCGAUAUAUUUGUACUGUUGACCACCGUGCAGGGUGUAGUCACGAUCGUGAACAGCAAUCUUGAGAAAACUGAAGUAAAUAUGGAGGAUUUCUUGAAGUUAGACCUUCGCAAUAAAUUGAUAUUGGAUGUCAAAUUACCGCCGCUGUCCUCUAGCAAUAUAAUUCGGACGUACAAGAUAAUGCCGCGAGCCCAAAACGCCCACGCGAUUGUCAACGCUGGAUUCCUAUUGCAUCUGAACUCCUCGAAGAAGGUGACGUCAUCUUGCAUCGUUUUCGGCAACAUAGGCCCAGACUUCAUUAGAGCGAAAGAGACAGAGAAGCUUCUGUUGGGACAGGACCUGUACAGCGACAAGACGUUACAACAAGCAUUGGCUACACUGAAUAAGGAAAUUGUGCCCGUAGACAUGCCACCUGAGCCGUCACCAUAUUGUAGAAAAAUGAUUGCUCUAGGAUUGUUUUAUAAGGCCAUUUUAUCGCAGUGUCCGUCUGUAAACCCCCGAUACAAAUCCGGGGGCAGUAUACUCGAGCGUCUGUUGUCCAGCGGAACGCAAACUUUCGACACUGACAAGUCACUCUGGCCUUUGAACCAGCCUGUUCCGAAGCUAGAGGCGUUAACUCAGUGUUCUGGUGAGGCAAAAUAUUCGUGCGACGUGAAGUGGUCUCCCCGUGACGUGCACGUGGCCUUCGUGCUCUCCGACGUCGCGCUUGCAGACAUCGAGAGCAUCGACGCCAGCGACGCAUUGAGACUUCCAGGUGUUAUUGCAUGCUUCACAGCCAAGGACAUCCCGGGAAAAAACUGUUUCCCCCCACUGGAUGUGUCCUUUAUAGACGUCGAAGAGGAAAUACUUGCCAGCUCGAAAAUCUUAUACCAUGGGCAGCCAGUUGGGUUGAUAGCAGCCGUGAACCACAAGCUGGCUGUGAAAGCGGCUGGACUAGUGCGAGUCAAGUACAAGAAUGUUGGAGUACCGGUGUUAACUAUAUCUGAGGCGUUGGUGGCUCCAGAUAAGGAUAGGAGGGUCCGUAAGGAUGUGGCGAUCAUCGCAAGCGAUUGUAGCAAGGACACCACACACGUGUUUCGUGGCAGCUACGUGGUGCCUGAGCAGUACCACUUCACCAUGGAGCCGCAGUGCUGUAUCGCGAAGCCCUCGUCACGUGGCAUGAAGCUGCGGAGUGCCACGCAGUCGAUGGACCUCACGCAAGUAGCUGUGGCGAGGAUGCUACAAUUACCGCUUAACAGUGUGGAGGUGUGUGUGCCCCGGGUGGGCGGGGCGUACGGUGGCAAGGCGUCCCGCGCGGCGCUGGUGGCGUGCGCGUGCGCGCUGGCUGCGAGCGCGCUGCAGCGCCCCGCAUCACUCGUGCUGCCGCUCAAGCAUAACAUGACCGCGAUCGGAAAGAGAUCUGCUUGUGACUUUCACUAUGAGGUGGGCGUAAACGACGAUGGACUGAUUAAAUACUUAAAUCUCAUAUACUACAGCGAUUGCGGAUGUACGUUUAACGACUCGAUGGGGUCAACUAUCGCGAACUUCAUAAAGAAUCUGUAUGACAGCACCUGUUAUAACAUCACUGGGUACAGUGUACUGACCGACAAGCCUUCUAAUACAUGGUGCAGAGCGCCUGCUUCAACAGAAGCCGUCGCUGUGAUGGAGCACAUAAUGGAGCGUAUAGCGCACAAAACAAAGAAAGACCCCACCGAAGUCAGAAUCACUAACCUGGCCGCUAAGAAUGCCGUACUAAAGGAAAUGAUAGCGGCAUUCAAAAUGGAAACCAAUUACGACGACAGAAUGUCCGAAAUCGCUAAGCACAACAAAGAGAACGCCUGGAAGAAGCGAGCUUUGAAGCUUUCGUUGAUGUCAUUUCCAAUCAUCUUUUACGGGAAUUAUCCUGUAACGAUAUCCGUGUACCACGGGGAUGGAUCGGUUCUUAUAUCCCACGGCGGUAUUGAAAUGGGCCAAGGAAUCAAUACGAAAGUGGCUCAAGUCUGUGCCUAUGUAUUGAAGAUACCUUUGGACAAAGUAACAGUAAAGGAAUCCGAUAGUUUCGUAUCACCCAACGCUAUGGUUAGCAGUGGUAGUAUAACCAGCGAGUGUGUCGCCUAUGCGACUAUUAAGGCUUGUAAAGAGUUGCUGAAAAGAUUGGAGCCAGCGAGGAACGAAUUGAUUAAUCCUACGUGGGAAGAAGUUGUCAAGAAAUCAUUCGAUAAUGGCGUUAACCUUCAGACAAGUUCUAUGAUGUCGCCUUUAGACUCCUUAAUAGGCUACGAUGUGUAUGGAGUCUGUUGUGCUGAGGUAUGCCUGGACGUACUGACUGGUCAGCAUCAGGUUCUGAGGGUGGACAUCCUAGAAGAUACGGGUCAAAGUCUCAGCCCUAGCGUGGACGUUGGCCAGAUCGAAGGUGCCUUCAUCAUGGGUCUAGGCAUGUGGACCAGCGAGCGUCUGAUUUAUUCCAAGUCGGGCCGCUUGCUCACUGACUCCACCUGGACUUACAAACCGCCUGGUGCUCUGGAUAUUCCGGUUGACUUCCGUAUCAACUUCCGGCGCAAUUCUAAGAACGAUGCCGGGGUCCUUUGGUCUAAAGCCACAGGUGAGCCCGCGCUUGUAUUAUCUGUGGUGGUAACGUUCGCACUCCACGAAGCCAUCCUUGAAGCCAGGAAGGAGUUUGGUUAUGUAGACACUGAAUGGCUGAAUAUUGAUACUCCAUACUGUGUCGAGAGUAUUAUGAAAGCGAUCGCCCCUAAAAUAAAAAGUUAUAAGCUUAAUUAA